AUUAUUUUUUGUCGUGUUAAUGUAAGAAUAAACGCUUUCUUCAGGCUGUUACAUAUAUUUUCAUUACUUCAAUAUACCCUGUUUCUCUUUGAGUACCUCGUUCACACUCAUACACACACACACACAAAGGUUGCGCGCGGCAAUGAGCAAAAGCAGAAAAAUGGUAGAAGUCAUAAACGCAUGAAAAUCAAACAAUAGGAAGCAUGAUCCACCGCCACUGCUGCAACAGCCACUGCCACUGCUACAGCCACUUCCACUGCAACUGCCAAUGCCAAUGCCAAUGCCACUACCACUGACAAUGCCACCAUUGCCACUGCAACUGCCAAGCCGCCAGUUCCGGGAAAAUCCACGACGGUCAGCAAGGUGGCCUAGAGUUUCGAGCCCACCGCUUCAGCGGCGGUAUCCACGGAAAUAGCUCCUGUCUCUGGGGCAAGCGUCAAGUCUGGCUUAGCAUCCGAGCGUACAGCCAUCUUUGAAAACAAAGCUGGCGCUGGAGGGCCAGAGGAGGGCAGAUGACUGUGCGCUAUCAGCGCUCCGAUCAGGAUUUCUACUACAACCAGGACAGUUCGCUUAACUCGUCGCAGACCUCGGUCGGCAUUGAUGACUAUUUAGAUGAGGCUCUGAUCGACGACUAUGGAAUCACUCAAAAUGAUGACAGCCAUGAUGACUUGGACAGCCACCUAUCGAGGGGCAAAACCCGGCCCCAACGAGUUGCCUUACUAUUGGCGAUCAGGAGAUCAUGGACCGCAAAGACCUAUUCGACAAGCAGCGGCAGGAAAUAUUACUUGCGCCAGAGCAGGGGCAGCUCGAAAAAGAGCGCCAAAAGAGCAGGGCCAAAAAGGAUUAUCUUCAGCAAUUGACAUUUCAAUGCCUAGGAAAACCUCCCGAAGAAGAGAAAUCCUUAAUCCCUCUUAUCCCUAAGAGGACCUAUGAAGUACCAGCCGACAGCAGCAGCUCUAUUACAAGUAACCGGCCUAACCGGUCCCCAUGUCUAACAGACAAAAAAUUAAUUUGGGCAUUAAUGUAAUGUCAAAAUUAGAAAGAAAUGAAAAAUAUGCAUUUUUCCAAAGAGCACAGUAAUUUUUGAUCGAGUUGAGUAUACAAUUAAAGAAAAGGUUGCCUUUUAACGAGAAGGUUUUUGAACUUCUCUCAUUCCUAAACCCUGAAGACAUAGUCAAUGGCCAAUUUUCAUGACCUAAGAUUUCCUCAACUUAUUAAAGAUCCGCAGGGUAUCGAUAGUGAAUUUGUCCUCUUAAAAAAUGAUGAGGCUCUUUAGUUUAUUAAAAACGCACAAAAGUCCUGGCCAUUUCUGGUAUACAUUGGGACAAAUAAAAGAUUUCAACAAUGAAUUAAAAUAUGGAAAAAUUUUAAAAUUUGCACAAGUACUGCUUAUAUUGCCAGUUUCGAAUGCAUCAUGUGAAAGAAUUUUUUUAAAAACAAA